AUGGCUUUGGUAGCAGCACCUCCCAGCUACACUAGGAUGUAUCACUACUACCCUCCAAGUUCAUAUUAUCAAAGUUUCUAUCCGCCCCGGUACCCAGGUGGGCAUGACUUCUACCCAAAAAGUACUUUCACAGCAACAAGAUAUCACAAUCAAUAUUUUGCAACAUCCAUAAAUUCUCUUAAAUGUGGGUUUGUUGUUAUUGUUGUUGUUAUUCCUUUAAGGUGUUUGUCUAUUUCCGAUGUUUUAAUCAAAUACGACGAUGGGAUUUAUUAUCCGUCACAAAAGCCAACAUAUUCCAGUAAUCCGAAUGUUUUCUUUCAAAGGAAUCAAAUACACACUGGAAUAUUAUAUUGA